AUGCAGUGUCCAAACAAGGACCAAUGCGCUGCCCACCCCAUGCAUAUGCAUGGUGCCUGCCCGGCAGAUCUGCUGCGACAGAGAGCCAUGAGCCACUCCAGACACUUGGGCAAGAUAAGGAAAAGGCUGGAGGAUAUCAAGAGCCAGUCCUCGAAGCUGACAAAAGCGGAUUUCAGCCACAACGAAAGCAUAAGGUUAGCCACUGAUGCCUUCCUGGAUGGUGGGACAAUAUCUUACCUGGAAACUUUAAACAAGGAGGGUGAGGUGGAUUUCCUCUCCUCAGUGGAAGCUCAGUACAUCAAGGAUAAUGCCAGGGAGUCCUACUAUGCGGAGGAGUCCCUGGCCGCCGAUGGGACGGCUGCGCCGAAGCAGAACGAUGCCAGGUCACUCCCUUCAGGGACCUACUUCCCCACCAUUUCUGACAGCAGCGAGCCAGCUCUGCUGCACACAUGGAUUACAGCAGACAAACCCUAUUUAAAGGAAAAAUCCACUGCCACUGUGUAUUUCCAGACAGAGAAGAACAGCAACAUCAGAGACAUCAUCCGCCGGUACAUCAACAAAACCACUCAGGUGCUAGCUAUCGUGAUGGAUGUGUUCACAGACACUGAGAUUUUCUGUGACCUCCUGGAGGCAGCCAACAAGCGCAUGGUGUUUGUCUACCUGUUGCUGGAUCACGGCAGCAUCCAUCUUUUCUCGGAGAUGUGUGACAAGUUGCAGAUUGCUGAGGAUCUCUUCAAGAACAUUUCGGUCCGCAGCGUCACUGGAGAGGUUUACUGUGCCAAAUCAGGCAGGAAAUUCUCAGGACAAAUACGAGAAAAAUUCCUUAUCUCUGACUGGAAAUACGUGCUCUCUGGCUCUUACAGCUUCACAUGGUUAUGCGGCCAGGUUCACCGCAACCUCCUCUCCAAGUUCACGGGCCAAGUUGUGGAGCUGUUUGACGAAGAGUUCCGACACCUUUACGCGCUGUCCAAGCCCGUGAGGGGCCCGAAGACUCCCCCAAGCACCAUGCCCUUCCUGUUCACCCCCCAGCGCAGCCUCCCCUGCAGCAACAAGGAAAGCACCAACACUCUGUCCGAUCCCUUCAGCAGCCUCUCUGCUGGCAGCACCCACGAGAACGAGCAAAACCCAAGAACUCCCAUAUUCAGCAACAACUUCACCCCACAGUCACCUCUGCAUAGAGUCAAUUCCUUCCACAACUAUGUCUCAUUCACCCCCUCACCACCACAGAAGGCCAUCCAGGCUAACUACUAUCAGCCGCCCUAUGUGGCUGAUAACUCCGCAGUUCUAUAUAACAACAUGAACGUUUACAGGCCUAUAAGACUUAGACAAGAGGAACCAAACAUGACAGGGUUAAACUCACCUUGGAGAUGCCUCCACCAAGGUAACCUGUUUGCAUAA